CUAUAAUCAACAUACAUGUACAGAACCAGCCAUGCGAGAUCCAAUCACAGUGGCAAGUCCAGAUGGUCGAAUCUGUCUGAAGCUUGCUACGCCAGGCUCGACGCUAUGCUACACGGUGUCCGUUGACGAGCAUCAAGUGCUCUUACCGUCGACCAUCAGUAUCCAGCUAAAAGGCUGGGACACGAACCACAAUGUCACACUUGGCUCGAGUGAGAGGUCCUCGAUCCAUGAGACGUACCCCUUCUUUGGCUCACGGUCCACCGCUAUCAAUCAUGCGAAUCGAACGACUGUCAAAGCCUCCAUUGAUGAAGAAGAAUUCGAGGUCGACAUACAUGUAGCGAAUGAUGGCGUUGCUAUUCGAUUGAGGAUACCAGCCAGAAGAGGUCGACACAUCCGUGGCGAUUCGAGCUCUUGGCAUGUCCCUGGAAACACAGUGGUGUGGUACGGCGCCUUAUUACCAGACUACGAGAGUCCCCAGCACGAGACGACUCUGGAGAACCUGCCAGAAGGCAACCUUGGAUUCCCUCUCACUGCGCAGUUGCCGAGUGGACACUAUGUGACAUUGACGGAAGCCGACGUUCAAGACUAUGGAGAUCUAGCAGUCGCUAGAGGGUCUGACGGAGCACUGUAUGGGUCGUUAUACGCCGAUCCCUCGGGCUGGACUACGGACGAGGAGAUCACCCAACCGUGGCGUGUGACGAUCAUCGCGAGAGAUUUGACCGGAUUGGUCAAUACAACGCUCGUACAGAAUCUCAAUCCUGGUCCUGACUCUUCUCUUGCUUCGGCAGACUGGAUACAACCCGGUAGAUCGGCAUGGCAAUGGUUAGCCAGUGGAGACCCCGUCCUUGAAGAACAGCAUCAAUGGGUCGAUUGGACUUCCGAGUUAGGAUUUGAGUAUUAUCUAGUGGAUGAGGGUUGGAAGGAUUGGCCAAAUUCCUGGGAGAACCUCAAGGAGACUGUGGAGUAUGCCAAGGGAAAGGAAGUGGACGUUUGGAUCUGGGUUCACAGUAACCUCGUUACAGAUGUUGAAGAACGUCAGACCUAUUUCCGAAAAGCUGUGGAUGCGGGUGUCGUAGGCGUCAAAAUUGAUUUUCCUCCUCCCUCGAAUCGGACGAUAUCAAAUUGGUACCAUGAGACGGCGCGAGAUGCUGCAUCACACCAACUCAUGGUCGAUUUUCAUGGUGCCACCAAACCGUCAGGCCUUGAAAGGACAUGGCCAAAUGUGUUGACGAGGGAAGGAGUCCGAGGACACGAAUGGCAUGUCACGCGGUACAACCGAGUUCUCGACUCGGAUCACGAUGUCAUUCUCCCUUUUACGCGAUACAUUGCUGGACACGGGGAUUACACGCCCACGGUAUUUGAACCAAAGGAGCUGGUGGGGAAUACAUGGGCUCACGAAUUGGCUCAAGCUAUCAUUUUCACUUCCCCGUUCCUGUGCUUUGGCGGAUCACCAGAGACGUACCUUUCAAACCCUGCCUUGGACGUAUUGAAAGCCAUUCGACCGGUCUGGGACGAAACCUUAGUCUUGCCUGGCAGUCGGCCCGGAACGCUCGUCGCGGAAGCCCGUCGACAGGGCGAGGAAUGGCUUGUGGGCAUCCUCAAUGGCGCUGAGAGAAACACAGUCACCUUGCGCCUGGACGACUUUCUAAGUCAUGGUCGUCAUUGGAAGAGUACGCUAUUGAGAGAGCAUCAGAGUAGACCAGAUGCCUUUGAUCGACAGGACGUGAUCAUGUCACCGGAGAACAAGCUGGACAUCACGAUGGGGCCAAGGAGCGGUUUCGUAGCUUGGUUUAGGCCUCAAGAGCGGACUUAGAGGAUGAUACAGCGCUGUGCAUGUACUGUUCAAUGCCAAGCUGGCAGAAUUGACACUUCGGCCGAAUGGUCAGGAAAAGAUGUUCUACUUUCUUUUAUCAGAUAACGAAAAAUCGGGCCGGAAUUUCUGAAGCGGUAAGGUAGUCUUGGCAAGUAUGACAGAC